UGUCGCGGAUGAGCAGGCCCAAGCUGGCAGUGCAAGCGAGAGCAUGUUCAAUUGUUCAUUGUGAUCAUCGAUUGCCCACUGACAUAGUACAUCGCUAAUAAUUCUGUUCCCCUUUGCUAAGACGACAGGAGCGUCGAUCGAAUGACCAGUGAGUUUCCCGUUGACCUGUUCUCGAACAAGAAGAUCGUAGGAAGAGAAGAACGACGCAGCAGGAGCUCGUCAAAUUCCCUCGCGUGUCAAGAGUCAAGGCACGAUCGAGCGUGUGGUCAAUUCGGCCACGGCCGGCGCCUAUUCAUAUCUCCGGCUCCCGGCGACCGCGAACAUGCAGCCUCUCCUUCCUUUCGCUCGACCCGGUGCUAAGAAUAGGCGAGGCCAGCGGGGGUGCACUAUUUCUACGCGGCGCCGCCAGUGAGGGAGUCCCGCAACCAAGCCGGAGCUCCUUGGGAUCCUGGUGCCAGGCCUCGCCUCGCGCGGCGGUGCUCCCUCUUCGUCCCCCAGCGACGCGGGCCGGCGGACAUGAAGGGGAGCGGUGCCAUGAAGCCGUCGUCCAUGUUCUACGUCCACGAGGCGGACGUCGUCCAGAUCCACCACUUCCUCGAGGAGUGCUCCCUCUGCGCCAAGUCGCUCUCCGGCGACAUCUUCAUGUACAGAGGUGACACGCCGUUCUGCAGCGAGGAGUGCAGGCAGCAGCAGAUCGAGGUGGACAGGGCGAAGCACCGGCGGAAGAAGCGCGCGGCGGCGCACGCGCUGUCCGCGCGCAGCAAGGAGAACCGGCACCACCACCACCACCCUCAACACCACCACCACCACCCCCACCAGCAACCGCAGCCGCGGAACCCCUGGGUCGACGCCGGCUUCGCCCGGGCGCCCGCGCUGCGCGUCUGAGGAACGAGCGCGCCACCAAUUCCCGUGCCCCGCCGCGCCGUGCGCGCUCGGUCCGCGGACCAGGCGCGUCGCGUCGCGUCGCGUCGCGGCGCGCGGGGGGCCGUCGUUUUCCGCGAGCUCUGCUCCGACGCGCGCAGCACCAGACGGAAUCCUUUCGGUUUGUUUUAGGGAUCGGUUGCGCUAGUGCGUAAGUUACACGGCCGAGCGAUUGGCUCGGGCUCUUUUUUUUUUCUUGCUCCAACUACUACUACGUAGUGUCCUCCAAGGCUAGAACUGUAGAGCCACCGGCCAUGGAUCAGUGGAUGCACGGCGUCACCACCGCUUCUUCUGGCCUCGAACUUCGGCGGUAGUUCUUGCUUUCGUGGAAUGAAAUACAUACGGUUUUCUCCUACCAGACUAGUAACUGUAUACUCUGAAUGUACAAACUGUAAAA